CCGCCGCGGCCCGGCCCCGUGCAGCCAUGGCCAGCGGGGGCCUGCAGCUCCUGGGCUUCGUGCUGGCCUUCCUGGGCUGGAUAGGCAUCAUCAUCAGCACGGCCAUGCCCCAGUGGAAGAUGGCAUCCUACGCGGGAGACAACAUAGUCACUGCCCAAGCGCUCUACGAGGGGCUCUGGAUGUCGUGCGCCAUGCAGAGCACGGGGCAGAUCCAGUGCAAGGUGUACGACUCGCUGCUCAAGCUGGAGAGCAGUCUGCAGGCCACUCGGGCAUUGAUGGUGGCUGCAAUUCUCCUGGGCCUUGUUGCCAUAUUUGUUGCUGUGACUGGCAUGAAAUGCAUGAAGUGCAUGGAGGAAGACCAGGUGAAAAAGAUGCGGAUGGCUGUCUUUGGUGGAGUGAUUUUCAUCAUUGCAGGUAUGGCAGCCUUGGUGGCCACAGCAUGGUAUGGCAACAGAGUGGCUCGGGCCUUCUAUAACCCUUUCACCCCUGUCAAUACCAGAUUUGAAUUUGGAUCAGCCCUCUUCAUUGGCUGGGCAGCUGCUUCUCUGGCUAUGCUGGGGGGAGCCUUUCUUUGCUGCUCCUGCCCCCGGAGAGAAACGUCCUAUCCACCCACCCGAGGCUAUCCAAAAAAUGCCCCCUCCACAGGGAAGGAUUAUGUAUAAUGAAACAAAGAAGAGGAGCCACCAGCACUGGUAGUGCUCUGGAGAGCUCUGAAUCCUCUGGAGAGUAUACUACAGUACCACUGCCCUGAGCAGAGCUCGGACUUUCUAGGUUCUGCCUUCCUCUUCUCCCCAAAAUAUGUAUAUUUUUGUAUCUUCUUUGCUACUGGACAUAACUUCUCCUUUCUCUCCCAGCCCGUGGAGGAAGGCUAGCCUAGGUUCAUUGGUAUUGUCACUGGAAAGAUGAAGCCUCUGAGCUUGGGUUAACUUCAGUAUUUGGGAGUAAAAGGGAAAAUGAUACUGUUUUUAGAUGGAUGUUGGUGCUUUUUUAGUUUUUUUAAUUAGAUGGUAACAAUUCAGUCCCAAUACCCAUUAAGUUAGAGCCCAGUGUGGGUCAUGUAGGAAUUAAAAGAACAUAUACAUAUAUAAACUGAUAAAGCCAAUGCUAAGGGGAAAUACAAUUUUAGGGCAAAGACUUGCGUGUAGGAAUGCUUGAAGAGAUUCUAAAAAGCUCUUGUACUUUCAUUAGCACCCUCAUCAAUACCUUUUCUGUACAGAUGGGCAAGAUGAAGGGUCAGACAAGACAUGCAACUGUCCAUGUACAUGCUGUUGACCAACAGAAGAUGCAGUAUAGUGUGACUUGGCUUAAUCCCAUGUCACUCUUACUGAGAUCUCAUAAAUUGAUCAUGUCUGCCAGAGGCUGCAGAGUUGUGAACUCCCAAAGCAACUGCAGGUUUCCCUGGUGUCAGGGAAGAGCUAGUGAAAAACGAUUCUUUCUGCUUUUACUGGAUGUCUCUCGGUGGGGCUAUCGCUGCCACCCCUUAGAGAUGCUGAGUGCUGCCAGUGAUUGUUUCUGACAUUCUAACCCUAAAAUCUAACUUUAAGCUUGAAGUUUUAGUCUCUUGUGUAUUACAAGGUACUGCUAACAGAUUCUCCUUUUUUGAAUUCACCUCACUGAAGUGUCAGCUCAUACUUGCUCUACCUCUGUUUUUGGCCCUUAUUUCAUGUUUGUGAUGUUUUCCUCUGAAGCCACCCUUUCAGCUCUUUAUUCAAGUCUAUGUCCUGGUGCUCCUCCACCCUACCGACAUGUUCCAGAGUUUGUGAGAAUUCCUCCAUCUGUUCAGUCCCAGGCCAGCGUCCCUGCUGUAACCUGGAGAGAUUAAGAAAUGCCUCAUUUAUCACAUGAACACUUUCCACAUGGAGCACAGUCUCAAAGACAGGUUUUACUGCUACGUACAAUCUCCUGUUCAAAUUGCUGCUGUUCAUCUAUCUCAGACUUCCUUGUAACCACUUAACCUCUGCCUUUUUCCUCCCUCACACAUACCAGAUCUAUUAACUUAGUUUGUCUGGGUUGUUUAUGCAUUUAAAUCCUAGUCCGGUCUCUGGAUUGACUUUCAUGUUUCUCCGUCCUCUGAAGUCUGCAGUUCUUUCUAAUUUGGAAUGUUACAAAUUACUGAUCUCAGUGUUUGCCUUACACAGCUAAAUAUGUUAAAGCAAACAAUGCACUGCCAACCCUUGCUAUUUCCCCAAGAAUACCUCACAUAAUGCCAUUUGAUUCUGUCUUUUCUCCUCUAAAUGUUUUCAGUGAUGAGAUAUGAAGGCAUAUUCCUAGGAAACUAACCCAAAGGUUAUAGCAUUUUCUUUUAAUCCAAGCUCACCAAAGAGGAAAAACCCAAUAUUUUAAAGAUGAAGCCAUCAUUGCGUGUAAAGUCAUAUCUGAAAAAUGCAGUUGUUAGAAGGUUCCCACCCAUUCUUCUGAAGCACCUCAUUUUCAGUGUUAUGAUAAACUGUAUGAGGUUGGCUGGAGUUUAAAUCUCAUAAUUCCUAGAAGAAUGGUGUCAGCUCUCCAAAGCUCUUCCUUCCUGUUCCUAAGGAAGGAAGCUAGUUGCUUCUGACUAGGCUUUAUAACCGUGUAUGUUCAGAGGCAUCAGACUGCUUGAUUUCCUUCUGUAGAUAGGGAGGGCCUUGGGCUGAGCCAUGUACAACCAUGCUGUUAGCAGUUUGUAUAAGCCUUGUACCUCUGUUUGACCUGACCUUCUGCAACAUGAAUCAAAGUUACUAAAAGAAACCAACCAAAGCAUCUGCUUCUGACUGGAGAUGAUGUUGGCCUAUACUUGGAGAUGGCUCAUGCCAUGUCUGUGGGGAGCUGCCUGUGCGCAGUGGCUGCCUCAAGCGACCUUAUCUUGAAGUGGCAGCUCAGGUCAUGUCAGACAGCUGUAGAGGUCUGUGCUUUUGUAUUCGCAUUAACCCUGAGCCAGGCAGCAGGAGCUUGUAU